AUGGUUCACGAUUUCCAACUAAUGAAGUGGAUGGGCGCAAACUCUUUCCGAACCUCACACUACCCUUACGCCGAAGAGGUCAUGGAAUUUGCGGACCGGAACGGAAUCGUCGUUAUCGACGAAACCCCCGCCGUGGGUCUGAACAUCGGCUUGCUGGGUAUCUCCGAAGGCACAGAUCCAAAGACUUUCAGUACUACCAACGUCAACAACAACACCCAGAAAGCCCACAAGCAAGCCAUCCGUGAACUUUUCAGCCGGGACAAGAACCACCCCAGUGUUGUUAUGUGGUCGAUUGCCAACGAGCCCGCCUCCCAGGAAGAUGGAGCACGUGAAUAUUUCGAACCGCUGGCCAAGCUGGCUCGUGAGCUUGACCCAACUCGUCCCAUUACAUUCGCCAACGUCGGCGACGCAACAUACAAGUUGGAUAAAAUUUCGGACCUGUUUGAUGUUAGCUGCCUCAACCGUUAUUACGGGUGGUAUUCCCAAACAGGUGACCUCCCAGAAGCAGAGGCGGAGCUUAGAAAGGAGAUGGCUGGCUGGGAAAAGAAAUUCAACCGGCCGAUUAUCAUGACUGAGUACGGCGCAGAUACUCUUGCGGGUCUUCACUCUACCUUUGGUCUGCCUUGGUCUGAAGAGUUCCAAACCCAAAUGCUGGACAUGUAUCAUCGCGUGUUUGACAGUGUUGAGUCCAUGGCAGGAGAGCAUAUUUGGGGAUUCUCUGAGUUCCAAACUAAUAUGGGUAUCAAUCGAGUGGAUGGUAACAAGAAGGGUGUGUUUACCAGGGACCGAAAGCCAAAGAUGGCGGCACACAGUUUGAGAUUGAGGUGGACAAAUCUUACUGUAACUGAGUAA